AUGGCAAACUGCACAGAUUCCAGCAUACUAAAGACGGCCCCAAGAGGCAAAGACUACACUUGCAACGAUGGGAGUACAGUUACGCUGUCCACACGACCUAAUCUACGCAGCCGUCUCAUCGAGGUUCUCCUCCAGCGGUCCAAACACGAGACACGCACCAGUCUUGCUGGACAACCACUUAUCAUUGGAAACGACAUGGAUCAACAGGAGCACCGGAGGUCGCCGACAGAGAAAUCACGACCAAAAGGUCAGUUGGAAAAGUUUCAAGUCGAAUGCAUCAAACGUUCCAAGUACGAUCUGGAUCGUCAGGAAGUGCUCUAUGAAAUCAAAUGGUUGGGUUAUCGAGAUGCCGAAAACACCUGGGAACCGAGAGAAAAUCUUCUCCCUGACUGCUUGAUUAACCUGUUUGUCCAUCAUUACCUCAUCGGAUCGACGCCGCUUCCAUUCCACAAGCCUCCUCGAUACACAACUCGACAGCCUCCGACGCAACCUACCAACGAGCCCAGCGGCUUGGUGGAAAGAAUUAUCAAUAAUGACAACUUCUCCUUCCAUGUCGAUUGGAUGAGCCAGGUUCUUCAAACGGACUGGGAGCAAGAGGUGGUAGAAGUAGAAGAUCUACACUUCUCAAGUUCUGGAGAACCUGUAGCUGUCGCGAAUACGAGCAAUGGGCAGAGACAUAUCUUGACCACCGAAUGGCUGGCGCUCCACUGUCCGCUGAAAAUGUUGAGGUUUUACGAGACGAAUGGGACCUUUUAA